AUGUUCGCUGCUCGCCGUUUCACUGCCGUCCCGCGCGCUCUGUCGCAGCGGUCGCUGUUCCACAGCACUGCGCCCGCGUUCGUUCAGAAGGGCGACGCCAUCCCCGAUCUCGACGUCUUGGUCGAGGACUCCCCCGGCAACAAGGUCAACCUGGCUAAGGAGCUGCAAGGAAAGGGUGUCAUCGUUGGCGUUCCCGCCGCUUUCAGCCCCGCCUGCUCUGCCAGCCAUGUGCCGGGAUUCAUCAACCACCCCAAGCUGAAGGAGGCCGGCAAGGUGUUCGUCGUCGCAGUCAAUGACCCGUUUGUGACCAAGGCCUGGGCCACGAGCCUGGACCCCUCCGGCAAGAGUGGUAUCCGCUUCCUGGGUGACCCCACUGCCAAGUUCUCCGAGGCCCUCGACGUGCUCUUCGACAGCACCUCUAUCUUCGGCAACCAGCGCAGCAAGCGGUACGCCCUGCUCGUCGAGAACGGAAAGGUCAAGGAGGCUUUCGUCGAGCCUGACAACGCCGGUCUGAAUGUUUCCGCCGCCGAGAAGGUUCUGGGCUAA